AUAAACGACCCGAAACUUUUUUUAAUUUCUCCGACUGAGCCAGGAUCCACAAACGCAGUUCGCUAUAUAGUCAUUAUUUUCCUUAAACAGUUUCAUGCAUGUUAAAAUUGUUUUGACAUUUACCUAAAGUCAGCAAAAUGCUUUUUAAAAUUGUUUUGACUGUUACUUAAAGUCAGCAAAGUCGUGCAAGGUUGCAAUCAAUGUAUAGGAGAUGAUUAUCAAAAAAGUACCAACAAAUUAUUAAUUGAUAUGUAAUUAAAUAUUUUCUUUUUUUUUAAAAAAAAAUCUGGUGUUCUUUCAAUAGUAAUCAUUUUAAAAAAAGAAGUGUAUGGGGGAGGACUACAGUAACCAACAGGCUCAGUAGUGUUAGGGGUGUCUCCCUGUUGCCUAGCAACGGAGGCAAUGGAACUGGACAUUGGAAAGUUUGGACAUGAGACACGCUAAAAUUGCAACGAUCAAGUAAAAACUUUUGAGACAAGGAGUGAAGAUGUCUACAAUACUCCCAUUUCACGAUGGCAGUGAAAAGGAAGCGGCUUGUGAUCACAUUGCGGUAUCUGCUGGGGGGAAACAACUUCCUGCAGACAUGCAUUACAAAUACGAGCAGCUUUAUUCAAGACCGUUCAUCACUCCCGGCUCCGACAUCCCAGAGAACCUCCUGAAUCUCUCUCACUCUUUUGGCUACGACUGUAAGCGCAGAGCAAACCUACUGCUGCUGGAAGACAGAACACUGAUCUUUAUUGCAGGUCAGAUCCUGAUCCUGCUUGAUAUUUCCACCAAGCAGCAGAAAUACAUCCGCUCCCGCAGUGGAAGUGGAAUUGGUUCGAUUGGGGUUCACCCAAGCCAAGAGUAUUUUGUUGUGGCGGAAAAGGGGGAAAAGCCCAUCGUGAUAAUAUAUGAGUAUUCCUCACUACAAGCAUACCGUAUUCUUAGAGAUGGUGCAGAACAUGCUUUUAGCUCUGUGAGCUUUAACAGUGAUGGGAGUCUUCUGGCCACUCUGGCCAGUGCACCAGACUACAUGUUGACAGUGUGGAAGUGGAGGCAGGAGGAGGUAAUGCUCAGGUGUAAAGCCAUUUCUCAAGAGGUUUACCGAGUGAGCUUCUCCCCAUACAACCCUGGCCUACUCACAUCAUCAGGAUCUGGACAUAUCAAGUUCUGGAGAAUGUCCAGCACAUUUACAGGUCUCAAAUUGGAAGGACUUAUUGGUCAUUUUGGCAAAACUGCAGCGACAGACAUUGAAGGCUACAUGGAACUUCCCGAUGGAAAGGUGGUUUCUGGCUCAACCUGGGGUAACCUGCUUGUGUGGGAUGGAAAUUCUAUCAAAGUUGAGAUCUGCAGCAAGGGAGGACAGUGUUGUCAUGCAGGGGCUGUCCAACCGUUUGCCUUGGAGGAUGGACAACUGAUGACCUUUGGCUCUGAUGGAGUGAUCCGGGGCUGGGACUUUGAAACAAUCAACAAUGCAGACAGUAGCAGUGAAAGCGGCAAGUUUGAAAUGGAGCCGAUGAAUGAGAUGACGGUUGGGCGCCACGUAUGUCUCUCCUCAAUCGUGAAAAACUCCCAGCCGGACUCGAUUGUUUGGUUUGCUCAGGAUUCCAAUGGUGCUAUUUGGAAACUGGAUCUUUCAUUCACAUACACUACUCCUGAUCCAGAGUGCCUGUUAUCCUUCCAUGCCGGACCAAUCAAGGGUCUUGAUGUGUCGAAGAAAAGUCACCUCAUGGCCACCACUGCUCUGGACCGUUCAGUCAGAGUCUUUGACUUUCUGGCGAAAACAGAGCUAAUCAGUAGCAGAUUCAAUCAAGGUGGAACUGCUCUUCACUGGGCACCACCUUCUGUGAACCACAGUGGAGGUUUAUUGGUGGCAGGAUUUGAAGAUGGGGUUGUUCGCUUACUGGAGAUUUUUGACCCCACGGGGUUGCACAACAAUAAAGGAGAUGCCCACAUUCGACUCAAACAGGCCUUCAAGCCACAUAAUUCCACUAUAACAUCGGUUGCUUAUGAGUACAAUGGAAAAAUAUUAGCCACGGGGAGCUCAGAUUGCACGGUAUUUUUCUUUACUGUUGGAGAAAAAUAUGAGCCAAUCGGCUUUGUCCAUGUUCCUGGACCAGUACAAUUACUCGAGUGGUCACCUCCUUCCCAUCAUGAAAACAGGUUGCUAAUACUAUGUCAGAAUGGUCAUGUUGUGGAGGUACCAUGUCCUGAUCAGAAUAUCCUGAAGCCAACCAAAUCCUACCAACUGCUUGAACUGCCGAGAAAAUCCUUCUACUUCAAUAGCAUCAAAUCACAAAUCAAGAGAGAAGAGGAAAUAGCAAGAUGGCAAGCUUUAAAGGCAAAGCAGCAAGAAGAGCAAGAGGAGCAUCAAAUCAUAGGAGACAAGAUACUGGAAGAGGAGUUACCCCCUAUUUUCAUCAGUAACCCUCGCAGUCCUCUUCACUGUGGUUUCUACUCACAGCCUGGCCAAUUUUGGCUCUCAAUGGGAGGGUCUGACUCAGGUUUCUUGUACCAUUGCAAAUUCUCUGAGAGUCAGGAUGAGGAUCCAGACCAACGUCAAGACAAGCCAUUUGACUACCUGACUGUCCUCAAUGCUGAUGAUGAUGCUAUUUGUUCGGUCACAUUCAACUCCAACAGGCAGCUCAUGAUAUGCGGAAUGCACUCGGGCUCGAUCAGAGCUUAUCCUUUGGAUCCCGGCGAUCACGCUCUAAAAUCCAUGCAGGCGUACUGGGAACUGAGUAUCCACGACAGCAGUUAUGGACACUUGCGGCAUGUCUGUUGCAGUCAUGACGACCAGUUUGUGCUUACAGCAGGAGAUGAUGGAAACAUCUUCUCCUUCAACUUGCUUUCUCAUGAGGAGCUGCAGAAAGGACUGGGAAGAAAAAGGGCCAUGGUUCCUUCUCCAAGGGACGGACUUGAGAAUGAGGAUUUGGCUCAGGACAUCGAUGACCCAGCGGCUGAUAGCAUAGAGAUGGUCAAACAGAAGUUGGAGAAAGACAAUCAGUGCCAACAAGCUGAGAAGAAGAAAUCGGACAAGCGGAGAAGGCUGGCUGAGAAGAAGAAUACAUUCAAAAAACUGCUGAAGGACAACCUUGAGCUGCCAGAACAUUGCCGACUCACACUUACGGAGCUGCAGCUGGACAAGUGUUUUGCAGAACAGGCUGAGAAGGAGAAGACCCAGAAAUUAAAAGAAGUCCAAGAACAAAUGAGUUGGGAAGAACAACACUCCCAUAUAGCUCUAAACAAACUACAGCAAUGGUUCAAUGUUUCCCUGGAAUCCAACAUAGUCACAGUAUUUGCAAUCCACUCUAAUCACAGAGUUUCCACAUACCAUAUUCCACCACUUUCUUCAGUACAGACUCAUCAACAGAGCAGUUAUAGCGAUAACAGCAGCAAUAAAAAUGCUCCAGAUAAACGCAGGAAAUCCAAAGAUCAAGCUGUAAAAGACAAUCAAGUAACUGAUGAAGAGGAUACGCCACACCCACUGGUGACUCGAUCGUCAACGGUAAAACUGGCAGAUCGGCAGGUAGAGCGGCUCAGAAAGGCCGCGGAGAAAGCUGAACAGGCAAGGGCCAAGAUUGAAAAGAGGAAGCAGGAAUGGGACAAGAUUUAUACAGAGAAACCCAAAAAGAACUGUGAAGAUCCACACGAUGUGCAGGCCAUCUGCGAAGCCAAAGCGAGUAUUGGGGACUUGAAACUUAAAACAGACAAAAACUUUACUGUAGCAAAACACUUGAGAAUGAAUGCAGAUAAAAAGAAAGCAGAGAUGACAGACCUGGAGGGCAAUAUACGUGAGAAACAAACUGAGAUGAACAGAGAGAUUGUGGCCUUGCGAGACUCCAAACUUCUCCUGCUAUCCAAACUGGGAGCCCUAGCUAAACAGCUCCGGAGGGUCCAGAGUUGUUUGCCAUCGCAACUCCACCGCCACCCACCCCCGCUGCCCACUAUACGAUGUGAGGAAGUACCAGAGAAGAGCCAGCGAUGCACCCGAACCAUUCUAGAAAGAUACAGAGCGCUGAAGGAGAAAAGGUUUCGGUGGACCGAGCAGGAGAAUCAAGAGAGAGCCACAGAUUUCCUGAAGCGACUGGAAAAUGUAAUUGAGGGAAUGAAGGAAGCAGGAGAUGGGUUAGUUGUAUCUGCUGCCCCUGAAGAAAGAGAAGAAGAGGAAGCAGCACAACUGAGCAAGGAGGAGAGCAAAUUGCUAGACAUGCAGGAUUGUCUCCUGGAAAAGAUGGAAAGCAUGGUGAAUCAGUUUGACAAGGAGCACUUGAUGUGUCUUCAGAAGGUACUGAUGCUAGAUUGGAGGUUAAAACUUGGCAACCUCCGUCAGCUUACACUCUAUCAGGAGCUCCUGCUCCUCAAGGAAGUGGCCAAGACUGAGGAGAUUUUGCAAGAGAAGCUCAACACAUGUGUGAAGGAGGAGAACAACUUGAAGUAUAAGCUGGAGGAGUGUAAGGAAGAGCUAGAACUGAAGUAUAAAGCCAUAACUGAGGUGCGGGAUAAAGAGAAGGCUGUAACAAAAGCCUUCCAGGUGUCGCUGGGUUACGACAGAAAAAUUGAAGAAUAUCUGAAAAAAGUUUUCAGAAGAAAAAUAAAACGCACCAAGAAAAAGGAGCAGCCAGGUGAAGAAGAAGAGGAUGAGGACGACUUUGACAAUUAUGAAGACUGGGAUGGCGAUGAUGAUUGGGAUGCAGUGGAAGGAGAAGCUGCUGUAGAGGAAUGCCCUCUAGGCUGUGAGCCAAAGUUGUUUGAGCACAUACUGCAUCUACGUGAACGUCGAUUGGACCUGGAAGAACUGCUGACAGAUGAGAAGAAAACUGCUGACGCUCUUGAGAAGGAGUGUGACUGCCUUGUGAAGAAGCUCAGAUCAGUAAAAAUCAGUCGGAAGGCAGUAGAGGAUGAAUUGGAGCAAGUCAACAGGGAGAAACAGCAGAAGAUGAAUCAACUAGAUGUUGUGGUUCCUCUAAGACUACAGCAGAUUGAGUUUGAUAUCACAGUUCGGGUUCCUCCAGACCUCCGUCCGGCAUUGGUACUGAACAGGACAGAGCUGAAAUGUCUGCAGGAGCGAGUGAAGCAGCUGGAGGUUGAAAAGCACCAGCAGGUCGAAGUCUACAAUCAAGCCAAGCAGCAGCACAUCAGGCUCAUUCAAGAACGCAAGGACAUGAACAAUGAGAUCCAGUCGCUUGAGAAGCUUUGUAAUCAGCUAAUGAUGAGAAGGUUUGGGAGAGAGGUCGAUCUGGAAGUUCUGCAGACGCUGUCCGGUAACAGGACCGUUGAGGAGCUGAAGCAGGAGAAACUCCUUCAAGAAGCUGCAUUUGCCAAAGAAAUCAAAAAGUGGGAUAUCAGAGUAGAAAAAGCUCGUGAGGCUCUGAUGGAGAAGACAAGGAGCAACACAGAGCGACUCCUCCGCUUGAAUAGUCUCUUUGAGCAGAAGAAGGAGCUGGAGCAGAAACUCGAUGCAAGACAGAAGAAAAUUGGCAAACAGCUCCAAGACGGCAGCGGGCGAGAAGGCAGACAUGAAAUCUUGAGUCUUCAAGAGCUGGUGAGAAAGCAGUCGCAGCAGAUGGAGCAUCUCAACACAGAAAUCAACCUCCUUUCGCUUAAAGGAGCCCACGCCCAUCUACCAAGCCACGCGAAGCUGCCUCCACUUGCUCAUUCACACAACCCAACAAUUCAAAAACACCUGAGAAAACCAGGUAAACCAAAUUUUGAUAGAAAAGACACAAAGGUGUACAACUGAAUGUAUGCCAAACUACAAGUCAGAAAUUAAAUUGAUACUUUUAAAAUUAAUAUGCCCACAUGCUUAAGCACAUAACCAAGUGUUGGAAUUUUGUAAAGAUAUACAAAGACACAUUUUACUCAAUAUAGGAGCACUGUGAACGUUAAUAUAAGAAGCAAAUGAUUUUGUGUGCGGACAUGUCUUUUUGGUGUGUUGAUUAAAUGAUUGAGAAAUUAA